CAUGUCAUAGAACAGUAAUUUGCAAACCAUGUACAUGAAUAAUUGCAUAUAUUAUUUCCAUAUUAUUUUCCAUUUUCGUUUUAUAUUCUCCUUUUGGCCGACGGAUACAAUGGCCAACCUACACACUUAUCUAUAUGCGGGGUCUGUAUUUAGUGCCAAGACAUCAAAAAACCUCGGGAACAGUGGACAAAAAGAGAGGUGUGAAGAACAACUAAAAAGGACUGAGUACUAUGUAAAUGAAUAAAGAGUUGACUAUCAAUACUCACCCUUUAGGCGGAAAAAGGCCCCGAUUCCACGCUAUGCCUAUGAUACGCAAGCUUGUGUAUGGCACUGCGGAUGGGAUGCUUAAUUUUCUGUGAGCUAUGGUCGCUCUAACGCCAAGACCCCCCACCAAAACUGCCCCUUGUUGUCAGCCUUCCACUUCCCUAUUCCCGUUCUAGGACCAAUGCUGCUUUUACUGCACUGAGUAGCUCCUGAGGAUCUGGGAAGAAGAUUUCUAGCAAACCUCCACCAGCACAUUUGUUGUAAGGGGUUAUUAAUUACUUACCAUGUCUCGAUUUAUUCUUCGCGCAUCGGCACAGAUUCCACACCAGGUGCCAACAUGCCUUGGUUACCUUCCCAGUGCUCUUGAUCAUUUCAUCGUUGGAACUCGAACAUCAACUGCGAAUACAGAUCUGCCUUACUCGCAGGGUGAUUCUAGUCCCGGAUCAUUGCGCCUGUUCCAGAUUUCGACAGACAAUAUUGAUAUCGCCCAAACCAUUGAUAUUCCAGUUGCGGUCACGGCACUUCAUGUAUCCCCUAGCAAGCCUACUGCUGUAGCUGUUGGGUCAUCAGACGGCUCGAUUCGGACGUUUACAGCUGGUGGCUCUCCACCCCGUCUUACGCCGUCAAAAACAUUCACACCAUUCUCGGAGAAAGCUGCUAUCACAUCAAUCCGCUUUCAUCCCCUCCAUCCCGGCGUUUUGGCAUGCACGCUCUAUUCAGGCUCUGUAUAUGUCGUCCGUAUCCCAGGGCAUGGUCUUCAAGGUGAUGAGCCGAAGAUAUUAUGGACACUAGCAUCUCAUUCGCCAUCGCCAGCCUGGAAUUUAUCCUGGACUCCAGAGCCUGGUUCCGCACCUUCAGAGCCUGCGGAAGUAAGCUCCGGCAUUUACAGUGUGGGAGAUGAUGGAAAUCUUCUUACGUCUUACUGGACGCUCCUUGAAGAUGUAACAGACCCUAAUGAGAUGACUACCGAAGACCCAAUACGCUUCCAUUCUGAGGGGGGAGUCACUGGGGUGGCAGUCAUCCCUUCAAACUCAACACCGAGCCGCGAUGUGGUGAUCACAGCUGGAAGGGAUGGGAAGCUCAAAAUCUCAAAUCUGCUAAGUUUUGACUUGGACGAGGACCGCAAAACAUGUGUCGAAACUUCAAUUGGGACAGGGGCAUCAUAUCAAUUAAUAGGACCAAAACUUGUAAGGGAACAUUAUAUUCCAUCGGAAAGGGAUUCCCUCGAGACUUUCGACCCUGCGAGUUUGAUACCUGAAGGUCACGAAUCAGACGAUGAAGAUUAUAUUUCUGGUACAGAAGACGAGCAAGACUACGAUCCAAGCACAGACCCUAACUACGUGGAUCCCGAUGGUGGACCUGGAGUUCCGAUGGACAUACCAGAGACAGAGCCACUACAAAACGAGUACUUCGUUCUCGCUGGCGAAGCUAGUUCGGGACUUAGCAUGUUGAAGCUAGAAAGAGCAUUUGCGGAUGACCGGGGCUCUGAAACUUGGACUCUUGAUGGCGUUGCAACCUUUAACGGGCAUCAGGGGGGAAAACUUAGUGCUAUGGAUGUCUAUACAGUUAAUGGGAAGAUUAAUGGUGCCAGUGCGAGUGCUGCGAUGUUAGAUGAUGAGCCGAGUAUGGCCGUUUGCGCCUGGCAGUUUGAGCCUUGAAAUAUUUAGGGUAUGGAAACCUUAUUUGAUUAUAUACACAUGCAUGUUCCUUCGUCGGAGGGA